AUGAAACUCGUCGCUCAAAUCAUCGCUAUCGCCAUCGCCAUCGGCCUUGUGGCCCCAAUGGUAGCAGCCGCACCCGAGGAUUAUUGCACACAUCAAGCGGAUCCUAACGAAUGGUGUCGAGAGCGUAAUUCUUGCCCCGCUGGUUCAGGCUUGGAUGAGCAUUGCACACCUGACGGCGACUGCAAGUGCUUCUAG